AUGGCGACUACCUGUGCCAGUGGAUGUGCAGCUCAGCUCCAAGGACUGCGAGGGUGCCUUGCUGGACUGCAAAAGCCGCGCCUUGCCGACACCAUGGACGACCAAGUCAGGCUUGACAACGAGGCCAUGCCAGAGGAAGGCUCCAGGGCCGAGGUUCCGCGCACAGAGUCCCCGGCUCUCAUCUCCAGGACUGCAUCUCGCACGAGCAACGAGUCGCAGACCUUGGGCGGGCCAACGCUGUUGACCUCCAAGGCCUGCGCGGCUGCACCCGACGCUACUCAGAAGAUGGAGAAGGAAGAGACAGAGGAGGCCUGCGUGGCGGUAGCCGACGCUACUCAGAAGAUGGAGAAGCAAGAGAAAGAGGAGGAUGCUGAAGAUGUGGAGAACUCCACGGUGGCCCUAACGACAGGCAAUGUCUCGGAAGAAGAGGGCUCGGUGCACUCGACGCCACGAAAUCGGCUGGACUGCUGCACUGCAGCACCUGUGCUUCCAGAAUGGGAUUCCGAGGACUUGCUGAACCUCUCUGCCAAGAUGGGACAGGCUGCCUGGUCUGGCUCGCAGGAGGCUGCCCGCUUCCUGGCGCUCUCCCUGCGCAGAGCGGCGGAGCUCGCGGAGCCACACGUGACCUCGCUGGCUGAUUCUGCAACAGACGCUAUCAAGUCUGCAGCUAAACGGGCCCUGGCACCGUCUCCAGUGGCACCAGAGGUCCUCAGCCGAUCCACCUGGGAGGCGACCAGCCAUCGUGCACUCACGCACCCAUGUGGCUCUGCAGCGCCAGUGUUUCCCGAGCUUGCCGACUUUGACCCAGCUGGACCCGGCACGAAUGCAGUGCCUCCCACAGGGCAGCCCAGGACCGCGAUGCUCAUGUCGCAAAUUGCCAACAUGCACGUUCAGCCUAUGCGGCCGCAGUUCGAUCUCGCCAAAGAUGCGCAGCUGCGUUACUCUCUGCCGGGACUUCCGCAGAAGAGCCUGUCUUUCGCCGUUCCAGGCACUGCCGGGCUGGGCAUGGCUGCGACCGGGAGACCGCAGCCUCAACGCAUGAGCUCAGCCGUGCCAGCUACCACGACUCAUGCUGGCUUUGCCCCGCAGAUUCUGUCAGCGCCGCCCAGUUUCCGACUGUCUGAUGGCCCUGCCUUGGUGUCCCAGCCAGUCGCGGCGGCUUCGGUCCCAGAGGGCCCGUUUCUGUCCCAGGCCGCAGUCGACAUCGCUCGCUCGGUGCCACUGCCUGCCGUUGAGGGCCCAAGCGUGGUUCAAAACCAUGCAAGAGCCGCAGGAGCCUCUGCCACCUUGGCAUUACAGGUGCCAGGAGAUCGGCGACCUUUGGCUCGCAAUCGCAUCCGGGCUGAAGUGUCCGAAGCCGACUGA